UUACCGGGAACUGGUCUUGGACUGUCGGAUUGGGCUGAAGAGACGUCGCAGGUCAACACCCGAAACCUUCAACCUCGUCCAGGCGGCUCAUGUGGUGGGUGUGGGGGAGAAUCUGGCUGCGCAUAUUGAUGCGAAGCCCGGAGAACUGGUGUUGUUCGCCACGUUUGGUCAAAGCGAGCCGCAGAGCGCCAAAUCUCUCCGCAAGUCGGCCCUCUGUGCCUUCCCGCUAAGUAUCAUCGACCUUUCCAUCAAAGAGGGAAUGAGGAAAUGCUGCAGCGUGGACUACACAGAGAAACAGCAGAGAGAACUCCAAUACUACCAGACCGCGGCCUACUGCCCCCAGAAUGUGAAUGAAUCGGCGCCAGUCACAGAUACCAGCUGCUGGGAUGUCCCCACGUUGGUCACCCCACCUCUGACACGUGUGGACUUAUUUAGCGGAAGUAUGAACUACACCCUCCUGACGUCUCUGUAUGUCACCACCCAGGGGCCGCUCACCAUUGGGCACCUUGGCACCUCUGAUGGGAGGGUGCUGCAGGUCAUUCUCCAGCGCAGCAGCAACCCCCUGAUCCUGUCCAACUUCUCGCUGAGCACUGAACCUGUGUCCCGGGAGCUGACUCAUGCUGGGGACGAUCUGUUCUUUGUUACAGGAAAGCAGGUGACAAAGGUCAGCGUCACAGGGCCCGGGUGCCACCAUCUCCUUAGUUGUAGCCGCUGUCUUCGUGCCCCUCGUUUCAUGGGCUGUGGCUGGUGUGACAACGGCUGCGCUCGAGAGUCGGAGUGUCAAGGAAAAUGGAACCAGGACGUCUGCCUGCCCAUCAUUAAUGAUUUUUAUCCCAGAACGGCGCCUCUUCGUGGCAGCACCACGAUCACCAUUUGUGGGAGGGACUUCCUUUCCCAUCCGGUGUAUCUCCAGUCAUCCAACGCGCCGGUCUCAGCGGAGACGCACAAUGUGACAGUCGGCCAGCGGAACUGUGUUGUCAAUCCAGAGAAGAGCAACAGCAUAACCCUGGUAUGUACGUUGCAGAAAGACGGCCUCCCAGAUUCCGCAUCGCCCGCCGAUGUCAUCGUCACCAUCAAAGAAAAUCUAACAAGCGUCAAUUAUUACAUCGAUGGAAGCGCCGCGGCCAGCGGAUUCACCUUCGUGGAGCCGGUCCUGGCCGCCGUCUCUCCAUCUUUUGGACCUCUAGCUGGCGGAACCCCAGUGACGGUGAAGGGGAAGGACCUGAUGGCGGGGGAGACUCAGCGCGUGUACAUUGGGGACGUGGAGUGCAACGUGUACAAUGAGUCCUGUCCCUCCGGUGACUUGUGCUGUCUGUCCCCUCCGGCCACCGCUGUCGGACCGGUAGAUAUCACUCUAUGGUUGGACAAGGCUCAGCUCUCUCACGUGGAACCUUUCAAGUACAAACCUAACCCAACGGUCUAUAGUAUCCAGCCUAACUGCAGCUUACUACGGGGGACGCCGAUCACCAUUCAGGGGGCCAACCUGGAUUCCGUGUCCAGUGUCGCCGUCUUGUUUAAAGGGGCGAAGAAGGUUUGUGACGGGCCCUUUUCUCCAAACCGCAUCCUCUGCGCCACCCCAGCCCUGGAAAGCAAAAAUGAGAUGUACGGGAUCCUGGGUCUACAGAUGGAGGGGUACGCCUACAACCAAUCAAAGCUGUUUCCGUACUACAAAGACUAUCGCAUCUACAUGUUUGAGAAUGAUGAGCAUCGCUUCCAGCUGAGGAAAGGAGACACGGAGAUAAGUACCCAUCAUGAACAGCUCGUCCGCGUGAACAACUGUCUGACUGUGUCCAUGAUGGUCGGUGGGCGAGAGUGUUACCCCAAGGUGUUGAACAACGAGAUCACCUGCAGGAUCCCCAAAGACCUGGUGAUCCCCUCCGAGGGUUUGGUGGUUCAGGUGUGUGUGGACAAUGUGUGCACCGAGCUGGGGACGGUGGUGAUUGUUAAUCUCCUGGAUCCAGUGCUGGGAAUCGUCCUGGGAACGGUGGCUGCCAUAUUGAUCUGCCUGACAUUGGCCUUCCUGAUCUGGAAGCAGCAGACCUCAGCGAAGAGGAAGAAAGUUGUAGAGAAUUUGGAAUUAUUGAUAAAUAAUAACAGAGACACCAUCUCCUCCCCGAUCCAUCCCACCCACUCGCUCCACAUCGACUACAGAGAGUCUUAUAUUCCUAGCAGCAGCUCUGGCGGGGGGCCCUAUCGUGGUGCCAUAUACUCCCCAAGCAGUAUUGGGGCCAGCUCUAUGCCCCUUCUCAUCACCAAUGUACUGGACAACCUGAGGCCGGAGCUGCUGGAUGAGGUGAAGGACGUUCUGAUUCCGGGGAACCGCCUGAUCACACACCGCGAUCGCAUCAUUGGGAAAGGACAUUUUGGCAGUGUGUACCAUGGGACGUACAUUGACGAGGAGGGCCAGGAGGUGCACUGCGCUGUCAAAUCUCUCAACAGGAUAACAGAUGUGGAGGAGGUGGAGGAGUUCCUUCGGGAAGGGAUCCUGAUGAAGAGCUUCCAUCACGCGCAUGUCUUGUCCCUCACUGGGAUAUUUUUUCCGCAGGAGGGUCUUCCCCUGGUGGUCCUCCCGUACAUGUCACAUGGGGACCUGAGACACUUUAUCCGCAGCGAGGACAGAAACCCCACCGUGAAGGACCUGGUCGGGUUCGGUCUGCAGGUUUCCCGGGGAAUGGAAUAUUUGGCCCAGAGGAAGUUUGUCCACCGGGACCUGGCGGCACGGAACUGCAUGCUGGAUGACACGUUCCGGGUGAAGGUGGCGGACUUCGGCCUGGCCCGCGACGUCUUCGACAAGGAAUAUUACAGCGUGCGCCGCCAUAAGAACGCUCGGCUGCCGGUGAAGUGGAUGGCGCUGGAGAGUUUACAGACGCAGAAAUUCACCACCAAGAGUGACGUGGUGAGAGGAUACACCCUCAUGUUGCAGUGUUGGAGCCCGCACCCGGAGGAGCGGCCGACUUUCACGGAACUGGUCAGUGAGAUGGUAAGCAUUUCCGGCUCCCUGAUGGGGGACCACUACAUCAAUCUGAAUGUGACCUACAUCAACCUGGACCGAGACCAACCUUUCCUGCCGGCACCCCCCGCAUCGGAGGAUGAGCUGGAUGAAGAGGACCUGUCAUCCCAGGAAGAAGAUGAACUUGAUGGCAUACAAGAUCCAAGUGCUGAUGAUCCUCCUCCUCCUCUAGUACUGAGGAGACCCUGA